UACACCCUUCUGCUCACAUCAGUCGCCACUACUCCGUGCAUACUGCAGGGGCAGUGACGUCACGGCCAGCCUCUCUUCCUGCUGCAUCACAACAGUCGCUAGUGGAUCGGGUAACACUGAGCUAUUUCCACUGCCUUGUGGAGUUUUUAUUUCAAUAAAUGUAACAGAAGUCCUCAUCGACAGCCUCAACCGUUAAGCCCGUCGCCGUCAGUUCCAGCGGACGUCAGCGCAGCAGUCGACGCGUUUGAAGCGCAGUGGGAGAUGGCCAGGCCAGAGCAGGUCCUGCUUCUAGAACCGCAGCACGAACUGAGGUUCCGAGGUCCAUUUACAGAUGUGGUGACCACCACCCUAAAGCUCGCUAACCCCACAGACAGAAAUGUGUGCUUUAAAGUAAAGACGACUGCACCGCGCCGAUACUGUGUGCGGCCAAACAGUGGAGUGAUUGAUCCCGGAACCUCGAUCAACGUCUCUGUGAUGCUGCAACCGUUCGAUUAUGAUCCGAAUGAGAAAAGCAAACACAAGUUCAUGGUACAGUCUCUGCUGGCCCCACCUGACAUGACCGAUACUGAGGGAGUGUGGAAGGACGCCAAGCCUGAGGAUCUGAUGGACUCCAAGCUGAGAUGUGUCUUUGACAUGCCCGCUGAAAAUGAGAAAACACAUGAAAUGGAAAGCAAUAAGAUAUCCUCCAGUAUCUCAAAGUCGGAAUCAUCCACAUUGUCUAUGAAGUCCAUGGUCAGUCUGGAUGAUGGAGAGGUGAAGAAGAUCAUGGAGGAAUGUAAAAGACUGCAGACGGAGGUGCAGCGGCUACGAGAGGAGAACAAACAGAUCAGGCAGGAAGAUGAUGGUCUGCGGAUGAGGAAGAGUACAGUAAUGUCCGCUCCGCACUCAUCUUCAGCGGUGAGAGUGAAGGAGGAGGGGCUGAGCACCAGGGUGAUCGCUCUAAUUGUGCUGUUUUUUGUCAUGGGUGUCAUUGUAGGCAAGUUGGCCUUGUAAAAUGCAAGAGGGGAGCACUACAAGCAUGCAUUGCGGAUGAAACAAAAACAAAACAGACAAGUAACCAAUGCAGAAUUUGUUUAAUCCGAAUGCCAUAUCAUUUGGGUAGUUUUGGAUUAGCGAGGUGUGUAAAAUUAAUAAAGAGAUCAAGGAAUUUCAUCAUGUUAUGUGCAAAGAAAAAAAAUCACCUAAUAAUAAUCUGACACAGCUCUUGCCUCAAAAUUGUGAAAUCAUUCUGGCCCCUCUUCUUUAAUCAUUUCUGAUGCAAGUUCAAAUGGAUAACAAAUGUCAUAGAUUUUAACCACUAAAAAAUGUUGUAGGGAUUUUCUAACACCAGAUGUGCGAUUGAGUUGUGGUAGAGUGAAUGUUGUUUUAUCACUUUUUUUUUUUUUUCCCCUCAGUGGGUCAAAAGCAAAUUGAACCUGUAUACAAAUGCUAAACGUCUUUGAAAUGUCUCGCAUGUGCAUUUAAUUUAUGCAUACCCAGACAUCCUGCAUUAAAGCAGCAGUUCACUGAAGUUCAGCCUGUAUAUUUUCAAUCACUCUCCAGGUAAAUGAUAAAACAAGCCUUCUUCCCCAGUCACACUGUUGUUAAAAUAACAUGCAUUUUAUAUCUUCCAUCCACUUCCGCUCAGUCCGACUGAUAUGUUUGAAUACCAGCACGUACUAUGAUUCAACAUAUAGUUCCUCGGCAAAUCAGAUAAUGUCACUAAAUAUCCACGUUUUUGUAAAAAGUCAUCACCGUUUCACACAAAUGUAAUGUUCACUUGCAAUCAGCCACCAAUUGACGUUCAAAUGCCUAAACCACCACAAAGUCUUAUUUUUAAGUGGCUUGAGUGACACAAUUUGACUUUUAGAUUAUUUUUGGAAUUCAGACAUCUUUAGUUGACAGCGAGGAGAUGGACUGUUAGUGACUGAUAUUUCAAACUGCUGUUACUGGGAAAGUGUUGGUGAAACCGUUUGGCCGUUCACCUACUUAUUUGCUCCAAAAACCAUUUGAAAC